AUGACCCCCAGCAGAGCCCUCCUGCCCCAAAGACCUUGUGUGCCUGUCCGACAGGACCAGGGGACUCUUUCCAACCCCAAGCCUUUGCAGCUGCUCUUCCCAGGGCCUGUACCCAGUCUGCUGGCCUCAGCAAGGCCUUCCCUGAGGUCUCAACACCACAGCUUUCCAGCAAGGACACAACGCGCCAUCGCUCCAAGGACCGGCCCUUCUGGGCGUUACAGGGCAGAGAGCAGCCUGGAGCCACCCCCACUCCAUGUCCCUGACAGCCUGUGGUCUUCCAUGGGCCGCUGGGGUCAGCACCACCUUGUUGAAGCCCCCGUGAAGGCCACUGGAGAGCCCUGGGCAGCCCAGCCCCACCUGCCAAGCAAAAGAUGGAGGCCAGAGGCCGGGCAUGGAGGAGCAGAUGUGAGCCUCAUGCCCCAGCAAGAGCCAGGGUUGAGGCAGACCCUGCGGAGGCCACUGCCAGAGCCAGAGGGAUCCAGAGUCAAGGGGAAUGUGGGACAGGAACCCAGGGCUCACACACUUGAGGGAACAGGCAGAGGGCAUGCUAGGCUGGGCCCAGAAGCUGCUUGA